AUGAGGAUAGAGUUAAAGUUGGAUCUAUACCCAUACAUGUUAAAUUCAAUCAGUCGUCGUAGCGUAUGGAAUUAUACCAAACUGAGUAAUGAUAUAGUUCGGAGUGAUGGUCAUAAACCGGAUAAUUUUUUGCCGAAAAUCUGCAAUGAGGCUGAUCUCUCUUCUGUAAACGAUUUUACAGCUGCUCAAGAAGUAUUUAUGGAUCCACAAAGAAGAGUUUCUAAUUAUUUCCCUACCUUGCGUAUCAACGCUCUUAUAGAAAGACCUCCUUAUCUUCAAGAAAAUGGUGAAAGGGGUCUUAUUCACGUCCUCAUAUACCCAGGUAGUAUUGGAAGAAAAUCCCUCGGGUACUGGGCUAUAGCGAAUCAGAAAGGAAGGAAUUUUACCAGCAUACAAUUUUCUAACUAG